CUCGCUAAUUUCAGCUUAUUUUGACCUAGUCUGGAACUUGUAAGAGAUCGUCGCGUCUGUGAUCGGUGGAAGAGCUCCGCCGUGUAAAUUAUUUCGCAUUUUGUGGUUUCGGGGCUCUCUUUUGGUUCAACCAUGAGUCCAAUUCAGAAUUUCGAGCAACACUCCCGUCGUCUCGUGGAUCCUGACCUACCUAUACAAGCAAGGCUUGAGAUGGUGGUGGAGGUCAGAGAUAGUCUAGAGAUAGCGCAUACGGCUGAGUACUUGAAUUUCUUAAAAUGCUACUUCCCAGCAUUCUCAGUUAUUCUUCUACAGAUUACGAAACCGCAGUUCAUUGAUAAUCCAGAACACAAACUGCGGAACAUUGUGGUUGAGAUCCUCAAUCGUCUUCCCCACAGUGAGGUUCUUCGUCCCUUUGUUCAGGACCUCUUGAAGGUUGCUAUGCAGGUGCUCACCACUGACAAUGAAGAAAACGGGUUAAUUUGCAUUCGCAUCAUCUUUGACCUUCUUAGGAACUUUAGGCCCACACUAGAAAACGAGGUUCAACCCUUUUUAGACUUUGUCUGCAAGAUCUAUUCCAUUUUCAGAUUCACCGUCAGCCAUUUUUUCGAUAAUGUUAAAAUGGAAGAUGUGAAGCCUAUGGAGACGCCUACGACUUCUGAUCAGUCCCUUACCCCUGCCGCACCUGUUGGGAAUGGGCAGCUUAACCCCAGUACUCGGUCAUUCAAGAUCAUCACAGAGAGCCCCCUUGUUGUUAUGUUCCUUUUUCAGCUGUAUAGCCGACUCGUUCAGACCAACAUUCCUCAUUUACUUCCGCUGAUGGUUGCUGCUAUAUCUGUCCCUGGACCUGAGAAUGUCCCUUCACAUUUGAAGCCUCAGUUCAUAGAGUUGAAGGGUGCACAGGUUAAGACGGUUUCUUUUUUAACUUAUUUGUUAAAAAGUUGUGCCGAAUAUAUCCGACCGCAUGAAGAAAGCAUAUGCAAAAGCAUUGUAAAUUUGCUUGUGACCUGUUCAGAUUCUGCAUCUAUCAGAAAGGAACUCUUAGUUUCAUUAAAGCAUGUUCUUGGGACGGAUUUCAAGAGAGGCUUAUUUCCUCUUAUUGACACUCUUUUAGAUGAGAGGGUUCUAGUUGGAACUGGGCGAGCAUGUUUCGAGUCUUUGAGGCCUUUGGCUUACAGUCUACUCGCGGAAAUCGUUCACCAUGUUCGCGGAGAUCUUUCUCUUGCUCAGUUAUCUCGGAUCAUCUACCUAUUUUCAAGAAACAUGCACGACUCUACCCUCUCUCUUAGCAUCCAUACAACAUGUGCCAGGCUGAUGCUGAAUCUGGUAGAACCAAUCUUUGAGAAAGAUGUUGAUCAGCAGUCAAUGGAUGAAGCACGGAUUUUACUGGGACGUAUCCUGGAUGCCUUUGUGGGGAAAUUCAGUACUUUCAAGCGUACUAUUCCUCAGCUUUUGGAGGAGGGUGAGGUGGGAAAGGAUCGGGUCACUUUAAGGUCGAAGCUUGAACUUCCUGUCCAGGCGGUUUUGAAUUUGCAGGUUCCUGUUGAACAUUCCAAAGAAGUGAAUGAUUGUAAGAAUCUGAUCAAGACACUGGUCAUGGGAAUGAAAACAAUAAUAUGGAGUAUAACCCAUGCACAUUUGCCUCGACCUCAGGGGAUGAACCCUCAAGCUCUUGUUUCACAAUCAUCUGCCCCGCAGGGUUUUAAAGGAAUGAGAGAAGAUGAGGUGUGGAAAGCCUCUGGUGUUUUAAAGAGUGGUGUCCACUGCUUAGCUCUCUUCAAAGAGAAGGAUGAGGAGAAGGAAAUGCUUAAUCUUUUCUCCCAGAUUCUUGCUAUUAUGGAACCUCGAGACCUAAUGGACAUGUUCUCUUUAUGCAUGCCAGAGCUUUUUGAGAGCAUGAUUAACAACAGCCAACUCGUUCAGAUAUUUGCAGCACUUCUGCAAGCUCCCAAAGUUUACAAGCCAUUUGCAGAUGUUUUGAUUAAUUUACUAGUUAGCAGCAAGCUUGAUGUUCUGAAGAAUCCGGAUUCAGCUGCAACUAAACUAGUUUUGCAUCUGUUCAGAUGCAUCUUUGGGGCUGUCACCAAAACACCAUCUGAUUUUGAAAGAAUAUUACAGCACCACGUUCCUGUUAUCAUGGAGGUCUGCAUGAAGAAUGCUACGGAAGUUGAAAAACCUCUUGGUUAUAUGCAAUUGCUCCGCACUGUUUUCAGAGGUCUCGCUGGAUGUAAAUAUGAGCUGCUUCUGAGAGAUUUGAUACCUAUGCUGCUACCUUGUCUUAAUCUUCUUCUGACAAUGCUCGAGGGUCCAGCUGGGGAGGACAUGAAAGAUCUUUUGUUAGAGCUUUGUUUGACGCUUCCUGCACGCUUAAGCUCCUUAUUGCCAUACCUUCCCCGUCUCAUGAAGCCUCUUUUUCUGAAAGAGCCACUUACACUUGAAUGCAAAGAUAAUCCAGAACACGGGCUUCGCUUAGUUCUCACAUUUGAGCCAUCAACACCUUUUUUGGUGCCAUUAGACAAAUUUAUUAAUCUUGCAGUAGCAGCGGUUAUUCAGAGAAAUCACGGCAUGGACAUAUACUACAGAAAGCAAGCUCUAAAAUUCCUCCGUGUAUGCUUGUUAUCGCAGCUUAAUUUGCCUGGAUGUGUCACUGAUGUGGGUCAAACGCCUAGGCAAUUAUCAACUUUGUUACGUUCCUCUGUUGAUUCAUCGUGGCACAGGAGUGAAUCAGUGGAAAUCAAGGCUGAUUUAGGAGUGAAAACAAAGACUCAGUUAAUGGCUGAGAAGUCAAUCUUCAAGACACUGUUGAUCACUAUACUUGCUGCCAGUUCUGAUCCAGAUCUCAGUGACACAGACGAUGACUUUGUUGAGAACAUCUGUCGGCAUUUUGCAAUUAUUUUGCAUGUUGACUAUACCUCCUCAAAUGCAUCAACCAGUACUAAUCCACUCGGUGGUUCUGUGAUUUCGACAAGUUCCAGAUCCAAGAGUAAUCAAUCAUCUAAUUUAAAGCAGUUAGAUCCUUUGAUAUUUUUAGAUGCACUGGUCGAUGUGCUUGCAGAUGAAAACAGGCUCCACGCCAAAGCUGCUCUGAAUGCGUUAAAUGUGUUUGCUGAAACACUUUUGUUCCUCGCUCGUGUCAAACAUGCUGAUGUGUUGAUGGCUAGGGGUGGUCACAAUGCCUCAAUGAUUGUCUCGAGCCCUUCUACAAAUCCAGUAUAUUCACCCCAUCCAAGUGUGCGAAUACCAGUCUUUGAACAACUUUUGCCUCGGCUUUUGCAUGGCUGUUAUGGGAGCACUUGGCAAGCGCAGAUGGGAGGGGUUAUGGGUCUAGGUGCAUUGGUUGGAAAAGUGAAUGUUGAAACAUUAUGUCAUUUCCAAGUAAAGAUUGUCCGUGGUCUGUUACUGCAGCCACUUAUAAUGCGUCCACUCCGAUCAAAGACAGUUGAUCAACAGGUUGGAACAGUUGCAGCUCUGAAUUUUUGCUUGGCUCUGAGGCCCCCCCUUUUAAAAGUGACUCCAGAGUUGGUGAAUUUUCUGCAAGAAGCAUUACAAAUUGCUGAGGCUGAUGAAACUGUCUGGGCUGUGAAGUUGAUGAAUCCUAAAGUGCUUACAUCAUUGAACAGACUUCGAACAGCUUGUAUUGAGCUUCUGUGCACAACUAUGGCGUGGACUGAUUUCCGAACGCAAACUCACAAUGAAUUACGUGCCAAAAUAAUUUCCAUGUUUUUCAAGUCUCUCACAUGUAGAGCACCUGAAAUCGUGGCGGUUGCCAAGGAGGGUUUAAGACAGGUUAUCAAUCAACAACGGAUGCCCAAGGAACUUCUUCAGAGUAGCCUCAGGCCGAUACUUGUUAAUCUCGCACACACAAAGAAUCUCAGUAUGCCUUUACUGCAAGGUCUGGCACGCCUUCUUGAACUUCUGUCAAAUUGGUUUAAUGUGACAUUAGGAGGCAAGUUGCUGGAGCACCUUAAAAAAUGGUUGGAGCCGGAGAAACUUGCCCAGUCCCAGAAAUCAUGGAAAGCUGGAGAAGAGCCAAAAAUAGCAGCUGCUAUUAUCGAGCUCUUCCACUUACUCCCACAUGCUGCAUCAAAAUUUCUAGAUGAACUUGUAACCUUAACCAUUGACUUAGAAGCAGCUCUUCCUCCUGGGCAAGUGUACAGUGAGAUUAAUAGCCCAUACCGUCUACCGCUUACCAAAUUUUUGAAUCGAUAUGCGGCCCUAGCUGUUGAUUAUUUUCUUUCUAGAUUAAGUGAACCAAAAUAUUUUCGGAGGUUUAUGUAUAUAAUUCGAUCAGAUGCUGGCCAGCCGUUAAGAGAAGAACUUGCAAAGUCUCCACAGAAGAUACUGUCAUGCGCCUUUCCUGAAAUUUUGCCAAAACCUGAUCCUACAUUGGGCACAACAGUUUCAACUCCUCCCGCUACAUCAUCUGGAGAUGAAAAGCAUAUCUCUGUUAAAUUAGAGAGUUCUAAUGUGGCAUCAACAAAGGCUUAUAUAGCAUCGGAUGCGUAUUUUCAGGGGCUCUAUCUCAUCAAAACAAUGGUGAAACUGAUACCCAGCUGGUUGCAGAGUAACCGCAGUGUUUUCGAUACCUUGGUUCUCAUUUGGAAAUCACCUGCAAGGAUAUCUCGUUUGCAGAAUGAGCAAGAGCUGAAUUUAGUUCAGGUGAAAGAGAGCAAGUGGCUUGUCAAGUGCUUCUUAAAUUACCUACGGCAUGAAAAAUCUGAAGUGAAUGUUCUCUUCGAUAUUCUCUCCAUUUUCUUGUUCCAUAGCCGCAUUGACUACACCUUUUUGAAGGAAUUCUACAUUAUUGAGGUUGCAGAAGGAUAUCCGCCCAACAUGAAAAGAGCACUUCUCCUGCAUUUUCUUAACCUUUUCCAUUCCAGACAACUCGGCCAUGAUCAUUUAGUUCAAGCAAUGCAAAUGCUUAUUCUUCCAAUGCUUGCCCAUGCUUUCCAAAACGGCCAAACUUGGGAGGUCAUUGACCCUGAUAUAGUCAAAACCAUUGUUGAGAGGCUUCUUGAUCCACCCGAAGAGGUUUCGGCUGAAUAUGAUGAACCUUUGAGAAUUGAACUUUUGCAAUUAGCAACAUUGCUUCUGAAGUAUCUUCAGAGUGACUUGGUCAGUCAUAGAAAAGAGCUCAUUAAGUUUGGAUGGAAUCAUCUCAAACGGGAAGAUAGCGCCAGUAAACAGUGGGCAUUUGUUAAUGUUUGCCACUUCUUGGAUGCUUACCAGGCUCCUGAGAAGAUCAUUCUUCAGGUUUUUGUCGCACUUCUUAGGACAUGCCAGCCGGAGAAUAAGAUGCUAGUUAAGCAAGCCCUGGAUAUUCUAAUGCCAGCUUUGCCUAAAAGGCUACCUCUUGGAGAUUCACGCAUGCCAAUCUGGAUAAGAUACACUAAAAAAAUUUUGGUGGAGGAAGGUCAUUCAAUUCCAAAUUUGAUCCACAUCUUCCUACUUGUUGUUCGGCAUUCAGAUCUCUUUUACAGCUGUAGGGCACAAUUUGUUCCUCAAAUGGUGAAUUCGUUAAGUCGUCUAGGUUUGCCAUAUAAUACUACUGCAGAGAAUAGGAGGCUCGCAAUUGAACUUGCUGGACUGGUUGUCAGCUGGGAAAGGCAAAGACAGAAUGAAAUGAAAAUGGUGACUGAUACUGAUGGAACCAGUCAGAUUAAUGAUGAGUUGCAUACUUCAUCUAGUGCUGAUCCUAAGCGUUCAACAGACGGAUCUGCCACAUCAGAAGAUCCAAGUAAACGAGUCAAAAUUGAACCUGGUCUCCAAUCAAUCUGUGUUAUGUCACCUGGCGGUGCAUCAUCAAUCCCCAAUGUGGAAACUCCUGGAUCUGCUACCCAGCCUGACGAGGAAUUUAAGCCAAAUGCUGCCAUGGAAGAAAUGAUCAUUAAUUUUCUCAUAAGAGUAGCAUUGGUAAUUGAACCUAAGGACAGAGAAACCAACACCAUGUACAAACAAGCGUUAGAUUUGCUUUCACAAGCUUUGGAGGUUUGGCCAAAUGCCAAUGUCAAGUUCAACUAUUUACUUCAGCGCCUUGCACGGGACCUGGGGUCAGCAGUGGGUUCUCAUCCUAGACAAGGCCAGCGACCAGACUCGGAUUCUGCAGUAACUUCUUCUCGUCAAACUGCUGAUGUUGGAGCAGUCAUAUGUAAUAUAAAGUCGGUCUUGGAACUUAUUGAUGAAACGGUCAUGCUUAUAGCAGAUUGCAAAAGAUCUGUUACUCAAAUUUUGAACACAUUGCUUUCCGAAAAGGGUACAGAUGCUAGUGUGCUUCUCUGCAUACUAGACAUGAUUAAAAGGUGGGUUGAGGAUGAUUUCAGCAAAACAGGCACAUCUGGUUUGUCUGGUUCCUUCCUUACCCAAAAGGAUGUAGUUACUUUUCUCAAUAAGCUUUCUUAUAUUGAUAAGCAACACUUCUCAUCUGAUGCUUUGGAAGAGUGGGAUCAGAAGUAUCUUCAGCUGUUAUAUGGACUUUGUGCCGAUUCAACAAAGUAUCCUCUGGGCCUGCGACAAGAGGUCUCUCUGAAAGUAGAAAGACAUUUUAUGCUUGGUUUAAGGGCAAGUGAUCCUGAUAUGAGAAGGAAGUUCUUCUUGUUAUAUCACGAGUCACUUGGAAAAAAUUUGUUCGCGCGGUUGCAGUACAUUAUUCAAAUUCAGGAUUGGGAAGCUUUAAGUGAUGUAUUUUGGCUCAAACAAGGUCUUGAUCUCCUUUUAGCUAUCUUAGUUGAGGACAAGCCAAUUAGCCUGGCCCCAAAUUCCGCGAGGGUACUACCACUUUUACCUUCAGAUAGUCCUGGAAUACAGCAUCAAGUUCCUGCUAACUUAGAGGGUCCCGAAGAAGUUGCUUCAAUGUUUGACAGUAUCGUUAUGAAGCAUGCACAAUUUCUGAGCGCGACCAGCAAACUUCAGGUGGCUGAUGUCGUCAUCCCUUUAAGGGAGCUGGCUCACACGGAUGCCAAUGUUGCAUAUCAUUUGUGGGUCUUGGUAUUUCCAAUUGUAUGGGUAACCCUGCUCAAGGAAGAACAGGUAGCAUUGGCUAAACCUAUGAUUUCUCUACUAUCGAAGGACUACCAUAAGAAGCAGCAAGGACACCGGCCAAAUGUUGUGCAAGCACUUCUGGAAGGGCUUCAGUUGAGCCACCCUCAACCUAGGAUGCCUAGUGAGCUUAUCAAAUAUAUUGGAAAAACGUACAAUGCGUGGCAUCUCGCAUUGGCGUUGCUAGAGAGCCAUGUGAUGUUGUUCAUGAAUGACACAAAAUGUGCUGAGUCUCUUGCUGAGCUUUAUCGUUUGUUAAAUGAAGAAGAUAUGAGAUUUGGGUUGUGGAAGAAGAGAUCCAUCACUGCUGAAACGAGAGCUGGACUUUCAUUAGUUCAGCAUGGUUUUUGGCAGCGUGCCCAGAGCCUCUUUUACCAGGCAAUGGUUAAGGCAACCCAAGGCACGUAUAACAACACAGUCCCUAAAGCAGAAAUGUGUCUGUGGGAGGAGCAGUGGCUCCACUGCGCCAGUCAGCUUAGUCAAUGGGAUGCCCUGGUAGAUUUUGGAAAAAGCAUUGAGAAUUAUGAAAUACUGCUUGAUAGUCUUUGGAAAUUACCCGAUUGGGCAUAUUUGAAGGAUCACGUUAUACCAAAGGCACAAGUGGAAGAGACUCCAAAGCUUCGUUUGGUUCAAUCUUAUUUUGCCCUUCAUGACAGAAAUUCAAAUGGUGUUGGAGAUGCCGAAAACACAGUGGGGAAAGGCGUUGAUCUUGCCUUGGAACAGUGGUGGCAGUUGCCUGAAAUGUCUGUUCAUGCUAGAGUGCCUCUAUUGCAGCAAUUCCAACAACUAGUUGAGGUUCAGGAGUCUGCUAGAAUUCAUGUUGACAUCGCAAAUGGGAGUAAAGGCACAGGAAAUGUUGCAGUUGGUGGACUUGGAAAUCGUUAUGCAGAUCUGAAGGAUAUUCUUGAGACUUGGAGGCUGAGGACUCCAAAUGAAUGGGAUAAUAUGACAGUCUGGUACGAUAUGCUACAGUGGAGGAAUGAAAUGUAUAAUGUUGUUAUUGAUGCAUUUAAGGACUUUGCUACUUCAAAUUCUCCACUUCAUCACCUUGGUUUUCGUGACAAAGCAUGGAAUGUCAAUAAGCUUGCCAGGAUAGCUCGGAAACAAGGGCUUUAUGAUGUUUGUGUUCAGAUUCUUGAAAAAAUGUAUGGACACUCAACUAUGGAAGUACAGGAAGCUUUUGUUAAAAUUAGAGAGCAAGCAAAAGCAUAUCUGGAAAUGAAGGGAGAGCGUGCUAGUGGUCUUAAUCUGAUCAAUAGCACAAAUUUGGAGUAUUUUCCAGAUAAGAUCAAAGCAGAGAUAUUUCGUCUGAAGGGGGAUUUUCAUUUGAAAUUAAAUGACACCGAAAGUGCUAAUAUUGCAUAUUCCAAUGCUAUCACCCUGUUCAAGAAUUUACCCAAAGGAUGGAUAAGCUGGGGAAGCUAUUGUGAUAUGGCAUACCAAGAAACACAAGAAGAAAUAUGGCUUGAAUAUGCUGUCAGUUGCUUUCUUCAGGGUAUAAGAUUUGGAGUUUCCAAUUCCAGAAGUCAUAUAGCUCGUGUUCUUUAUCUUCUUAGCUUUGAUACAGUGAAUGAGCCUGUUGGCAGAGUGUUUGAUAAACACUUAGAGCAAGUUCCUCACUGGGUAUGGCUUUCUUGGAUCCCACAGCUGUUACUUUCCCUACAAAGAACAGAAGCACCCCAUUGCAAAUUGGUUUUAUUGAAAAUUGCUGCAGUUUUCCCGCAGGCUCUCUAUUACUGGUUGCGCACAUACUUGCUGGAACGACGUGAUGCAGUAAAUAAAUCCGAACUUGGCAGAUUGGUUUUGGCUCAAAGAAUGCAGCAAAAUGCCUCUGGUGCAAGUGCAGGUCACGGUGGAAGCAAUAUACCAUCGGAAACUCAAAUCCAUCAAGGCAGUCAAAUUAGCGGGCCCAGUGGAACACAUGACAGUGGUAAUGCACAUGGGCAAGAUAGUGACCGCUCCACUGCGGAAAAUAAUGUCCAUACCGGGAGUGAUCAACCGAUGCACCAAAGCAGCUCCGGUAUCAAUGAUAACAAUGAAAACACAGCGAGGCGGAAUGUUGCAUCCCUAGCAAUCUCUGCUGCGGGUGCUUUUGACGCUGCUAAAGAUAUCAUGGAAGCUCUUAGGGGUAAACAUAACAAUUUAGCCAGUGAACUCGAGGUUCUUCUCACAGAAAUAGGUUCAAGAUUUGUUACAUUACCGGAAGAAAGACUGCUGGCGGUUGUGAAUGCUCUGUUGCAUCGUUGCUACAAGUAUCCAACUGCUACCACUGCCGAGGUUCCCCAACCACUCAAAAAAGAGCUGUCGGGUGUCUGCAGAGCUUGUUUCUCGGCAGAUGCUGUAACCAAGCAUGUCGAAUUUGUGAAAGAGUACAAACAGGAUUUUGAGCGUCAUCUUGAUCCAGAAAGUACAUCUACAUUCCCAGACACACUCGCUGAGCUGACGGCGCGACUGAAAAAGUGGAAAAAUAUUCUUCAGAGCAAUGUUGAAGAUAGGUUUCCGGCUGUGUUAAGAUUGGAAGAUGAGAGCAGGGUUUUGCGUGACUUCAGUGUUGUUGAUGUGGAGAUACCAGGGCAGUACUUUGCUGACCAGGAAGUCGCACCUGAUCAUACAGUAAAGUUGGAUAGGGUUGGAGCAGACGUUCCUAUCGUUCGAAGGCAUGGAAGCAGCUUCAGGCGGUUGACUCUGAUUGGCUCUGAUGGCUCGCAAAAGCACUUUAUAGUCCAGACAUCAUUGACGCCUAAUGCUAGAAGUGAUGAACGUAUCUUGCAGCUUUUCCGUGUAAUGAAUCAAAUGUUUGAUAAGCAUAAGGAAUCAAGACGUCGACACAUUGGAAUUCACACUCCAAUCAUCAUUCCUGUCUGGUCUCAGGUCCGGAUGGUUGAGGAUGAUCUCAUGUACAACACUUUCCUUGAGGUCUAUGAGAAUCACUGUGCACGAAAUGACCGGGAGGCAGAUCUUCCAAUUACCCACUUUAAGGAGCAACUUAAUCAAGCUAUAUCAGGGCAAAUCUCAGCAGAGGCAAUAGGAGAUCUUCGUCUGCAGGCUUAUAUAGACAUAACAAAAACUUUGGUUAAUGACAGUAUCUUCUCUCAGUACAUGUACAAGACGUUGAUGAGCGGAAGCCAUAUGUGGGCUUUCAAAAAACAAUUUGCAGUUCAGCUAGCUGUCUCCAGUUUCAUGUCCUUCAUGCUACAAAUCGGUGGGAGGUCCCCGAACAAGGUCUUGUUUGCAAAAAACACUGGGAAAAUGUUCCAGACAGAUUUUCACCCUGCUUAUGACGCCAACGGGAUGAUAGAAUUUAACGAACCCGUGCCUUUCCGCCUCACAAGGAACAUGCAAGCAUUCUUCUCUCAGUUUGGGGUCGAAGGUCUCCUCAUGUCAUCCAUGUGUUCAGCAGCUCAAGCAGUAAUCUCCUCCAAGCAAAACGAACAUCUACGGUAUCAGCUUGCUAUGUUCUUCCGUGAUGAAUUGCUGUCUUGGUUUGGAAGAAGACCUCUUGGUGUGCCGAUUCCUCCUGUUGGAGGAAUUGCUACACUGAACUCAGCGGAGCUGAAGCACAAAGUUAACGCCAAUGUGGAAGAUGUCAUUGGCCGGAUCAGAGGAAUAGCCCCACAGUACUUUUCGGAAGAGGAUGAGAACACGGUUGAGCCGCCGCAGUCAGUGCAAAGAGGUGUGAACGAGUUGGUGGAGGCAGCCUUGUCGCCUCGCAACUUAUGUAUGAUGGAUCCAACAUGGCACCCUUGGUUCUAACUUCAAAAUACUUUACAAUUAAGUUUUCAGUGCUUUUUUAAUUUAAUGGAAGCUAACAUUAUUCAUUAGGGUUGUAAAUAUAUGUAACCUUUAUGUAAUUUUAUCACACUCCUUUUGGUCGCUCGCCUUUGUGCAACAUUUCCUGUACUAUAAAUUGUAUUUUUGAACCCUUUAAUCUUUAAUAUAUCAUGCAUCUAAUAUAA